AGAUUAAUCAUCCCCAGAAUUAAGUACAUUCAUGUUUAAUGGUUUUCCCGUCCUUUAAUUGUUUACGCUUAAAAGGAAUGUCGACAGUGAUGUUUAAAUCCCUAUAUUUACCUUUUUAAGUAGGUCACUUGAUAGUCAGCCUUUUAAAUCAUUGUAGAGUCUUUUCUGGUCGAAUGCUUUUGACAAGGAUUGUUUUUAAUUUUACUUCCUCUUUUGAAAUGGCUGUCCUAUGGUGGACGUGUCUUAUUUCAUUACUAGGAUUUAUUCACUGUUACGUUAAUCUCUGUACAACUAAGACGAAUGUUCAAGCAACACAAAGUUCCACACAUCUAACCCAAAAUGCAGCUCUAGUAAUUGAUAGCAACGUGCAGCAAAAUUAUGGAAAUUGUGCACAUACUAAAGCAGAUCAGCCAUCUCCAGCAUGGGUAAAAGUGGAUCUUGGAGGAAUCUAUUCUCUGUCAUAUGUUGUGAUCUACUACAGAAAUGAAAGAAACUGGAAACCUUAUAGGUUUAGAAACUAUCAUUUGAAUGUUUCAAAAACCUCAGAUUCAGAGGGAAUAAGAUGUUACACUGACGUCACGCCUGACACAAAAGUACCAAAUGACACACAAACCAUCUUCUGUAAGGAACAGGCGAGAUACGUUAUCAUUGAAACCAAUUAUGACACUCCUAAUGAUUCUGCAAAUGGACCUAUACUUGAAAUUUGUGAAAUCGAAGUAUAUGGUUGUGAUAUAGGUCGUUAUGGACAAGGGUGCAAUAGAUGUGUGGGUUGUUCGAACUGUGACGUCAAUACAGGUAUAUGUG